AUGUCCAGUCAUAUCGGUACGAAACGGGAGGGGAAGUACGACAAAAAUAUUUACACUGACUUUUCUAACUCCAUCUUCUCAAACAAUGUGUGGUUUAGGUACAUCGUGUACAAGCUUCCGCAGCAACAAGGUAGCCAAUACAACACGGUACGAAAUGGCACCGCAUACCUGUACAUGGACUCUAAAGACCAUGAAUGGAGAUUCAGCGGAAAGAGUCUGUCGUUCACGGACAACAGUCUCGCUCACACUCUCAGUCAGGUUUAUAAACACGAAUAUUCGAACGACGUCUUUUACUUCUUCUACAAUGACCAAGUGGGCAAAAUGUCGCCAAAGGUCGGACACACCAAAGGUGUGGUUGCCUUCGAUGAAGAGCUCGGAUUCUGGCUGAUUCAUAGCGUUCCUCACUUUCCGCCGCACAAGAAAUAUGCGUGGCCUCGCAGUGCCACGAUUUUCGGACAGAGCGCACUGUGCGUUACUUUUCCAAUUGACCAACUGCUCGACAUAAGCUACCAGCUGUACCUCAAUUCGCCUGGCAUCUACGGUUCAAACCUACCAGCCAGUUUUGCCACAAGGUUUCCAUAUCUCGCUAAGGCGCUUAGAGCAGUUCGUAAAACCUCACCGCCAUACGAAAACAGCGUGGUUUUGAGGUCAAAGGAUGGCGAAAAUUUCGUCAGUUUCGCCAAGAGCGGUAAAUGGCAUAAAGAACUAUAUACGGAUUACGUAUCGAAAGUGCUGAAGACUAGCUUGCUCACCGAAACGUGGAGAAACGGUCAAGGAAACAUGCAUUCCAACUGCAGCUCCCAAUAUCGAGUGCUCGAUGUCAAGGACAUUCAACUGACUGACGGCAUAUACUUCCCGACAACGCGAGACCACUCGAAAUGGGCCGUAUCCACAUCGGAUAAGUCAUGGGUGUGCAUUGGAGACAUCAAUCGACAGGCAAGAAACGCAAAUCACGGCCAAUUGCGUCGCGGAGGUGGUACCAUGUGCAUUCACAACGACGAUGUUUGGAGUCACUAUUACAACGCAAUUAAAAGCUAUGAAAAAUGCGCCGUAAAACGGGAAGACGCUCCGCAGCCGACUAAUGACCAAAGUAGUAGUGGUCCCAAAUUAGCUUAG